UGCCUAUAUUUUGUUGUGCAUGUGUAUGAUGUAGGCCUAUGUGUGUGUGUCUGAGUGUGUCUGACAACCUGGAUGAGAAGUGUUUGGUCACCUCCCAGGUAACCAGAUAUGUAAAUGUACAGGAAGAGCAGUGUGCUGCUCUCCUCCCACUUGCAGCCUGUGUGGAUAAAUAGCAGCUUCAACACAGAGAGAUUAGCUUCAUCCUCACUGGACACCUGGCAUCCUGAAGCAGACUUUAUUGGCAGACAAACAAUGGCAGACGAAACCUUUAAGAAACAGUUCCUGGACGCGCAUAAUAACUACAGGGCUGCGCAUGGUGCUCAAAAACUGACAUACAACAGCGAGCUGAACUCUGCAGCGCAGAAAUGGGCUGAGCAUCUUUUGAAAACAAAGACUAUGAAACACAGUAACACUGAGGAUGGAGAAAACAUCCACUUCUCAUACAAUUCACGUAUCGUUACACCACAAGGAAACGGAGCUGUAGAUGCUUGGUACAGUGAAAUCAAGGAUUAUGAAUUCAAACGGCCUGGAUGGCAACCAAACACUGGACAUUUUACCCAGGUGGUGUGGAAAGACACCAAGGAGCUUGGUCUUGGCUUUGCCACUGAUGGUCACACUGUCUUUGUGGUUGGGCAAUACCGCCCAGCUGGGAACAUAACAAACGCAGGUUACUUUGAAAAAAACGUUCAACAAAAAGCUAAAGCUUCAUCCUCACUGGACACCUGGCAUCCUAAAGCAGACUUUAUUGGCAGACAAACAAUGGCAGACGAAACCUUUAAGAAACAGUUCCUGGACGCGCAUAAUAACUACAGGGCUGCGCAUGGUGCUCAAAAACUGACAUACAACAGCGAGCUGAACUCUGCAGCGCAGAAAUGGGCUGAGGAAAUUUUAAGCACAAAGACUAUGAAACACAGUAACACUGAGGAUGGAGAAAACAUCUUCUAUUCAUUCAAUUCACAGAAAGUUACACCACAAGGAAACGCAGCUGUAGAUGAUUGGUACAGUGAAAUCAAGGAUUAUGACUUCAGCCGGCCUGGAUGGCAAGAAAACACUGGACAUUUUACCCAGGUGGUGUGGAAAGACACCAAGGAGCUUGGUCUUGGCUUUGCCACUGAUGGUCACACUGUCUUUGUGGUUGGGCAAUACCGCCCAGCUGGGAACAUAACAAACGAAGGUUACUAUAAAGAAAACGUUCAACAAAAAAGCUAAAG